AAAUGAUAGUGACAGCUGUCAAACUCAAACUGUUGAAAUCAAGGGAUCUGAACAGAAAAGCUCCUGAAGAGCGCUUGGCCAAGUAGAGCUGCCGUAACAGAUACAAAAUGCAUAUACGAGGGUGGGAACAUGCUAAGGAGAAAUACCUCUGAGGAUUUUGAAAUCUGUAUCAGUAGGCACAAGAAUCACGAAUGUCACACGUUGUUUGCAUCUAACCGUAUCCGCUACAAGGUGUGCAGGUACAAUUUUACCAAUCAAAUGGUGGUACAAAUUAUUGCCGAACCGGAUUGAUUGACACAAGUUGUUUUAUUUCUUUCCAAAAAUAAAUUAAAUUUUACCUGCC